AUGCGACAACACCGUGCUCGAAUGCAGCGUUGGGUAAGGCGUGCUGUGUAUCCGGCGUCUUUGCAUGGCGGUGUUAGUUGUGGGAAUCUCCGCUUUCUAGUCCGUAGCGACCUUACGGCCUUCACUCCUUGUAUUGCAGCUGCGGCAGGUUUGACAGGGUUUGGGGUUUCGAGGCGUUUUUCCUCCACGAAUGUCAAGAAGGAUUUAUACUCCGUUCUUGGUGUCGCGCGUAAUGCCUCGCAGGAGGAUAUUAAGUCGGCCUACAAGAAGAAGGCCAAACAGCUUCAUCCGGACGUGAACCCCAAUCCUCGUGCAGCAGAGGACUUUGCGGAUGUGAAGCAGGCGUUUGACGUGCUCUCAGACCCGCAGAAGCGUAGUAUGUACGAUAUGACCGGCAACUCGGGUGCGGCGGAUAAAUUUGGAUCAGGUCCCGGUUUCAAUCCGUUUGCGCAGGCUGGCGGUGAGAAUCCUUUUGCGGGUGCUAAUCCCUUUGGUGGUGCCAAUCCUUUUUCAUCGGCUGCUGGAGGGCAUGGCUUUUCAUUUAACGACUUUGAGGAAAUUUUCCAAAAGAUGAGUGGAGCGGGUAAGGACAAAACUCGCAAACCGCAGGGACCGGAGCCUGGGGCGGACAUUCACUUUAAACUUCGCUUGUCUUUUCUGGAGGCGGUCAACGGGUGCAGCAAGGAGAUAUCGUACAACACGUUUCGGCGUUGUGGCUCGUGCACAGGAAGCGGGUUUCAGGACUCCGGCUCCAAGGCCAAGUGCGUGCAUUGCGGUGGACGCGGGAAGAAGGUGAUGAGCACAGGCUUUUUCCACAUGCAGCAAGAUUGCACCCACUGCGGUGGGACAGGUGAGACGGGACGCUCGUCUUGUACGCAUUGUAGUGGAAAGGGUAUUGUGAAGGACCGCAGUGUGCAGACCUUGCCUGUGCCCAAGGGCGUAGACAACAAGGAGCGCCUCAAGGUUUCGGGGAAAGGUGAGGCCGGAGUGCGUAACGGACCACCAGGUAACUUGUAUGUUGAAAUUACGGUGGACGAGCAUCCGGUAUUUCACCGCGAAGGUUGCGACAUUCAUGUCAUUACGCCCAUAUCGCUGGCGACAGCGGUGCUGGGGGGCACGGUGCGGGUACCAACGCUGACGGGGGAAGUGGAGACGAAGGUGCCUGUUGGGACGCAGCAAGGUGACAAACUUGUACUGCGAGGCCGUGGCGUUCACCGGCCAAAUCAAAACAAAACGGGUGACUUCUUUAUCCACUUUGCCGUACUGCUGCCCAAAUCUCUCACGGAAAAGCAAAAGAGUCUUAUUGCGGAAUUCUCCAAGGAGGAGAAGCCACUGGAGCUGACGGACCCCCAGAUGCAGGAGCUGAAGGGCCGCUAUAAAUCGUGGUUCUCUUCCUAG